CACUUCACGCCAGUUUGCUCCGAACGAUGCGCCGGGCGGACGUGUCUCGCGCCGCAGCCGCCUUUUCUCCGAACUUCGAAAUUAUUUUACGAAAUAAUGUCAAGUUCUCAAACAACUAUUCGCGUAGAAAGGCCGUAUCAAACCUAGUGUACAGUGUUUAACCGACUUAGAACAAGUUAAAUAAGUAGUUUUAAGUUAUUGAAACUUAAUAGGCUCGCUCGUUUACCUGCAUGCCUCGACCCACGACGUCGUGCGAAGCGGUUACCUUAUCGCAGGAACGGACAUUUUUCAAAUGGAUGUGCGUUCGAAUGCUGUGAUAGUGUGCGUGAUUUGUGUGAUUACGAGACGUCUUGAGUGCGUGUUUGUCCGCUGUGACAAGUUUUUACUGUGACGUGUUUGUAAUAGUAAUAAAGUAUUGAAUUGAACAUGUUUGGUGGGGGCGAGAGGGGGCUUCUGGCCGCCUUGCUGGUCGGCGUGCUGGCGGCUGCGUCGGCGGAACAUUCUAAAGGUAAAGAUCGUGAGUCACCGGUGAUACAGGCGGAUGGAAUGCAGUUGGUGAUUAUGAAUGAGCUUGCUUCAGCGCGGGAUCGCGAGCACAGUUCACAUCACGUGACGAGGUUGCGGCACUCACGGCAUUUAGACGGAUAUAUGCCUAUUCACACCGCUUCCCUGGGAGUGUCAGCGCCCAAGUUUUCCGUAAAGGACAAUCACAAGCCAGUGUUCACUGAGUGCAGCAACUACCGGCCCACGGUCAAGGAGGAGCAACCCGUCGGCACAUAUGUAUUCACCGUCCAUGCAGAUGACAGAAAUCCACCAGACAUGGGUGGAACUGUCACGUACAAGUUCGUCUCCACCGCCGGCGAGAAAGAGAGGUUUCACGUCGACUCUGAAACUGGAAGAAUAACCACAGCAGAUAUAUUUGAUCGAGAUGAACCAUCCCGUGAGAAAGAGGCAUACAUCACAGUGCGAGCAAGUGACAAUGGCCAGCCACAGCUGGACGACGCGUGUACCAUCAAAAUUGUCAUCGAAGACGUCAACGACAACCAACCAGUCUUUGACAAAGUUUCGUACUCGGAAUCGGUCCCUCAAGACUUGCCAAGCGGCCGAGAAGUUAUGAGGAUAUCUGCCACAGAUAUUGAUGAUGGGAACAAUUCUAUAGUCCACUAUAGUCUCGACACAAAUUCGCCUGAUCAGGCUUAUUUCUACAUUGACCCAGAUAACGGGGUCAUAUUUUUAAAUAAAACUAUUGAUAAAUAUCCAGGAUAUAAGUUUAAGUUAAGUGCAAUAGUUAAAGACAUGGGGGAUCCUCCCCAGCAAAGUUCAAUAACUUUAGACAUACAAGUUGUAGAAUCUAAUAAGAAGAGUCCCUCCUUCAUCGAAGUUCCUGAUGGUCCAAUAAGAUUAAAAGAAAACUUCGCAGAUUUCAACGCACAUAUAGCAACAGUUAGAGCUGUGUCCAACAUUCCAGAAGAAAAGAAGCUUCUAUUCGAGCUAGUGAUGGGACAAACAGAGCAGACGAACAAAUGGCAUACGUUCGUACUGGAGUCAGAGAAUGACUCCGCUUAUAUUAAGUUAGGAAACCAUUUAGACUUCGAAAAAAUUACAGACUACACACUCACUGUCAGAGUACAAAAUAAUUAUAAUUUAGCAGCAGAAACUAUAAUUCAAAUCGAAGUUGAAGAUGUCAACGACAACAUUCCCAUAUUUAGCGAAGUUCGAUCGGGUCAGGUCCUAGAAAACGAACCUCCUGGCACUCAAGUCAUGCAAGUGAGAGCUUUCGACGCCGACGGUACAUCAGCUAACAACCAAGUUACAUAUGAGCUAGGUGAUGCGUCAGACCCAUUUGCAAUCGACACUUUGACUGGAAACAUCACAACGCUCAAAAUGUUCGAUAGAGAAGAGCGAAGUUUCUACAAUAUUAAGAUAAUAGCUACAGAUAAUUCCGAGUCGGCUCUUAUUCCUGGAAAGCACAAUUCUGGACAACAAGUGUUCAGAAUAGAAAUAGCUGAUAAGAACGACAACCAGCCCCACUUCACUCAAGACACUUAUGUAGCAGAAUCCAUUGCUGAGAAUGCUAACAUCAAUGUGUUGGUGACUCAAGUUACAGCCUUAGAUAUUGAUACUGCAUCCGUGGUCACCUACAGCAUUGUAGCCGGGAAUACAUACGAUGCCUUUACAAUCAGAAACUUCACCGGUGAGAUCAGAGUCAACAACGAGCUAGACUAUGAAAACAUCACGAGCUACUCUCUAGAUGUUCGCGCCUUCGACGGACAACAUGAGGACUACUGCAAAGUGAUCAUCAACAUUGAGAACCUCAACGACAACCCUCCUGUAUUCUUGGAUAAUUACACAAAGACCAUUGAAGAGGAGAGGCUUUAUGAAGGAUGCAUAGUUCAGGUGGGAGCCUACGACCCAGACAUAAAAGACCGCAGUGCGCCUCAAAACAUCGUCUACUCGCUAGUCAAACAUGAACAAAAGGAGUUUCUUCAAAUCGACAAUGAUGGCUGCCUUCGCUUGACUAAGCCCUUAGACAGGGACCCUCCAGCGGGCUUCACCACGUGGCAGAUCCUGAUAGUGGCAGCGGACCAAGGAGGCCGGCUGGGGUCUGAUAGUCUGAGAUCUACUACAGAAGUUAUCCUUGAGCUAACUGACAUCAACGACAAUGCACCAUUCCUGACUAAUUCCCUUCCAGUCAUAUGGUCAGAGAACGUCCCCCAAGGCCAGGUCGUGACGCUGACUGCCAAAGACAACGACUCGCCUGAAAAUGGACCUCCUUUCACGUUCGCACUGAAUGAAACUGUCUCACCGGAUAUCCGGUCCAAGUUCUUCAUUCAAGGCAACGUGCUGUCAACGCAAGUAGUAUUCGACCGUGAAGAACGCAAGGAGUAUUUCAUCCCGGUGGCAAUCACGGACUCGGGGUCGCCGCGGCUGACCGGCGUGUCCAUACUGCAUGUCGUCAUCGGUGACAAGAAUGAUAACCCCAUGGCGCCGGGACACAGCGACAUUUUCGUCUAUAACUACAAGGGCGAAGCGCCGGACACGGAGAUCGGGCGGGUGUUCGUGAAGGACCCCGACGACUGGGACCUCCCCGACAAGCGGUUCAUGUGGCUGCCCUCCUACGAGCAGCGAAGCCCCUACUUCGACGUACACAGCAACACCGGCAUGAUCACCAUGAAGGAGGGCACGCCAAAUGGGACCUACUUGCUCAAGUUUAACGUGACGGAAGAAAACGAACCAAUAGUGCCGUUCCAUUGGGUGGAGGCGACCGUCAACGUCACUAUCAAAGAGAUACCCGAAGAGGCAGUGGACAAGUCAGGAUCCAUCAGAUUUGUUAACAUCACUGCCGAAGAAUUCAUUGUGGAUGAGGAAGACGGCACGAGUAAAAAGGACAAGCUACAUCGCCGUCUCUCUCUCCUGUACAACACUUCCAUAGACAACGUGGACGUGUUCACGGUGUCCAACAAGAGAACUGUGAAGGACCAGUUUUUGGACGUGCGAUUUUCCGCGCACGGCUCUCCUUACUACCCUCCCGAGAAACUGGAUAGCAUGGUCACUGGGAUUCAGGAAAAGCUGGAAAUGGAGUUAGGCGCACGCAUCUACAUGAUCAACAUUGACGAAUGCCUCAUAGAGAAGGAGCAGUGCGAGGACUCCUGUCGAAAUGUCCUGCAGAAAAACAACGUGCCUCUCUCAGUGUACACGAAUACAAGCAGUUUUGUUGGUGUCUCGGCUACUGUAGCCCCGGAGUGCACUUGUGAGGUGGAUGAGCCGCUCGACUGCUUGAAUGGGGGAACCCCAUUCGCAGACAAAUGCGAGUGCCCCGAAGGCCUCAACGGCCCGCGCUGCGAGCAGACCUCCAUAGGGUUCCACGGGGCAGGCUACGCUCUGUACCCCGCGCCGCCCGCCUGCCACGAAGGUCACGUGACCUUGACCGUGACCUCACAUGCUGCGAAUAGCCUGGUGUUUUAUUUGGGCCCACUGAAUUUUAACCAGCUUUUGGAUGUUCAAGACUUCAUGUCCCUGGAGUUGGCAGACGGCUACCCAGUCCUGCUAGUGAACUACGGCUCAGGGACCACUCGGCUCAACAACAGCGUCGUCUAUGUAGCUGACGGGAAGCCGCAUCUCAUAGAGAUAGUGCUCAUGAGGAGCUCCAUCGAGAUGUUUGUGGAUCGCUGCAAGCUGUCUACGUGCAUGAGUCUGGCCGCGCCCACUGGGACUACGCAGAUUUUGAAUGUGAACGGACCACUCCAAGUGGGAGGCUCCAGCAUAGACCUCCACCACUUGGCCAGGGCAUACGGCUGGCGACACGCACCCACCACUCAAAACUUCGUCGGAUGUAUCAGCAACUUCACUUAUAACUCUUAUAUGUACAACCUAGGCCAGCCGUCGGUAAUGCGCGGGGCGGACCCCGGCUGCCAGCGCAGCAUGUUCACGGCGGUCACCUUCGGCAUCGACACCAACUUCCUCGUCGCCAUCUUGGUGUGCAUCGCUAUAUUAGUCAUCCUCCUCCUAGCCGUGGUAGUCCACCGACGUCGGGCAGACGCGUGGGCGGAAAAGGAACUAGACGACAUCCGAGAGAACAUCAUCGCCUACGAAGACGAGGGCGGCGGCGAGGGCGACGCGGGCUACGACCUGCACGUGCUGCGCCAGAUGUACGACGCGCCGCCCACGGACCCGCUGCUCCAGCAUGGCCUCGGCGCCGCGCCCGCCCCGGACAUAUCCGGGUUCCUGGACGACAAGAAGUCCGUGCUGGACCGCGACCCGGACACCAACCCGUACGACGACGUGCGCCACUACGCGUAUGAGGGAGACGGCAAUACCAGCGGCUCGCUGUCUUCGCUGGCUAGCUGUACGGAUGACGGCGACCUAAAAUUCAACUACCUAUCGACCUUCGGGCCUCGGUUCCGCAAACUAGCGGACAUGUACGGGGACUCCGAGGACGACAGGCAACCCCACGAGGAGUCCUGGUGCUAGCACCACGCGUGGCUAGUCUAGCCAUCUAGACCUCCCAAGGUCUAGGUAGACAGGACUAUGGGUAUAGCCCCGCUAUAGACCAAGCUUCACAUGCCUUACAGCCCACAAGCGGCAAACCCCUGUGUUCCGAUUUGUUACUAAGUGUUAUAGUGACCCACCGCUGGACGCGACAGCUGGCUCAAGGAAGCCACGUGUCUUUAGAAAGCCUGUGAUAAAAUGUUAACGGUUCCCGUAUGUAAUCGUGUUUUGUCCAAGGUAUUUCGUGAUACCAAAACUAUAGGUUUCCUGUUAACUAUGUAACUGACGGUUGCUUAAUGACGCUCCGAACGGCUCGUCAAAUAUUUAAUUAAAGCUGAAAGUGGCCGGCGAAAUGUCCUUUCAUCUACUGAAAUAUGCUGUGAAGGGGCGUUAUCCCGAACAGCCGAUGAAGCGCGCGGCAGAGUCAUUAAGAAAUUGGACUUUCUUAAACAAACGCGUGUUUUUAAACAUUUUAAGAAAAUGACUGAUUUGUAACUCGGUUUAGGCGUCGUUGUAGAUAAUGCCUAAAUUAUUUCUUGUAAUUUUUUAUAUUAUAAAUAUAAGCGUGUUUCACGACAACAUUAAGAUUAAGAAUUAGUGAUGAUUUAUCAUAAUUUUUGUUUGACUGUAAAUUAUUAUGGCAAUUGUGAAGUAAGUGAGAGCAAGUUCUUCAUUGUAUUAAUUGGCAUUUUUUACGACUUUCGUAGCAAAAACAAGUUUCUGAGGAGAUAGUGCCAUUUUCAGUUUUUUAUACCUAUUACCUAUAAUAUGUUUAAGAUUUAAGAUAUUUUUAAAAGUAUUUUUUGAUUAUUAUUUCCGCCCAAUAAAAAUGUGUAAUUAAAAUAUUAUGUCAAUUAAUAGCUUUUUACAAUUUAGCAUUAAGUUUUUAUACUUUUUUAUGUUACAACGUUUUUGAAAGUGAAAAUGUGUUUUGUUUGUUUUUCUAAUUGCGUCCAAGAACAAAAUGGUGCAUUUCAAAUUUAAAAGAUUAAUAUUAAUUUGUCUGAUUUUCUAUUAGUUUAGUUAGGUAAUAUUGAAGUCGUAUUUUAUUUUUUGUAUCCACUUCGGUUAAACUUUCGUUACGUUUAAAGAAAUUAUAAAAUGAUUUCAGAGCAACCAUUUCUAUUACUUUUUCGAAAUACUUAACUAAGUAAAUUAUCUAAGAUAUAAUUUCCAAAUAAAUAUAUAAGUAUAUAAAAUGUAAAUAUUGUACAUUUUCGAUACGUAAAGCGUAUAGUUUUAAUGUUCUGCGGAUAACAUAAUUAGGUAAUUUUGUAUGAUUUAAUUAUAGGCAAGUUUACAAGGUGUCUUAUAAUUAUGCAUAUCAACGAAUGUAUUAUAACUUGAUAAAUAAUCUAUAACCAGUUAAGUACUCUAUAAACUAAAGUAUAUAUAAGCACUCACUACAUAUUACGCAAGUUUCAAUCGCUAGCAGGUUAAGCAAAAUAAGUAAUUUUUAGUUUAAAUUGGUCGAAGUGAUGGUUAUGAUUUCAUGUCUGGAUUUAAUGGUGCCAUUAGGCUUGGUACAAACAAUAAUUCAGUUACCAUUUCACAUAGCUAUACUGUCAUAUUAUAAUAUCUUAUUUUUAACAACUAUGCAUCAAGUAGGUCCCAAAAUCUAAUAUAAUGUUCUGACAUUACUACUGCAGCUAAAAAAAUUCAAACAGUUUCAUUCAGGCUUCGUAGAGUUAUUAAAGCUAUGUGACAUUUUAAUAUUUAUGUUAAUAUCAGUGAUGAUUAAUGUGAUGACUGUAAAAUUGUAUUCUGCUGGCCUAAACGCAAAUUAAACAACCAUUUUAUAAUUAAUUCUUAAAACAUCUUGGUGUAACUACUCAAAAGUAAUAUGGAGUUGUCUAACAUUAAGAUAUGUACCUAUUUACAUAAUGUUUCUAUUUCCUACAUUCCAAUAUAUAAAAAAACAAGUUUUAAUAAAAAUAAGGCACAUAAUUGUUGACGUAUUUUAUUGUUAGUGUUAUCGAAUCAAUUAUUCGUACUUAGGAGGGAGGUUCGUCUGACUGUGAAUAUUUUUACUUUAUAUAUUAGUAAAUAUAAAAAGUAUAGAUAUAUAUUAAAAAGUAUUACUGUAAGCCACAUUAAAAAUAUUCACUUUCAGAAUGAAACUCGUCACUGCCAUUACCUAUAUGAAAACGAUUUUAUAAUAUAAUCUAAUAGGACAUUGGGACCGGUCGUAUAUGGAAUACCUUGUUUAGUUUCAUUAUCAAAAUUGUAAUCGAGAAAAUUAUGUGUAAAUAGAUAGAGAAUACAAAGCUUACUAAUUUUAGCCAUUGAACGGUGGAAGUUGUUAAAUAAUAUUCAAUCUUAAACAAAGGUGAAUAAGGUAUGUUAUACGAACGCGUCUCAAAUAUCGAUUAUAAUGGUUUUAAAUGUGUGUUUGUGAGUAUAAUAAGGUAUAUAAAUUGUGUGAGUCUGUUUGUUCAUUUUAAACCGGUUGUCGUCCCUUUUUCAAACGGCAAACUUUACUAAGUACAUACUUAGGUAGCUACCUGUAUUUUAUUUAUACAAAAUGGGUUUGUAAUCGCAAAUGAUUUGUUGUGUAUAAGAAUGGAAUGAAUAUUGACAUAUUAUGUGAGUACCCACUUUUUAGGUUCAUGGCUACGACCUCCUUAAAUAGAUUUGAUGGAAGGUACCAUUUCUCGUUCUUUAUUAAAAACUUCAUAUCAAUUUUUGUUUUCAAACAACUGCAGUAAAAAAUACAGUAAGUAGGGUUUCAUGCAUUUUAUAAUGUAUCUACUGACCUAAACUAGUUAUGAGCGUUUUAGACUUUUAGUUUAUAGAUUUUCCGGAGGGUGUGUAAUUCCAUUAAAAUUUCAAGUUGGUUAUAGUAAGCGCUUGAACCUAAAGCGGGGUGGUAGACCAAAUUACCCAGAUUUAAGGGUAGGUUAUGUAUUUAAACAGACGCGGAGUCCGACUGAGUGAUGUCAUAUUAACUCGAUAAGUAUAGUUUUAAGGACGCAUUAUUUUUAAAUUGUUUAUAUAGAAAUAAAAAUAUUCAAUUCAGCAUUGAAAUAAAGUGAUGAAAUUGA